AUGAGGAGUUUCAGUGGGUUGGUUUUGUCAGUCACUUUAACACUAGUAUUAUUAGCCACCAGAACUUGUACACAGCCACAGCAACCACAGCAAGGGCAGGUGCCUUGUUUUUUCAUUUUUGGGGACUCAUUGGUGGACAAUGGGAACAACAAUAGGUUGCUUACACUUGCUAGGGCUAAUUACAGGCCCUAUGGCAUUGAUUUUCCGCAGGGCACCACUGGUCGAUUUACCAAUGGUCGAACAUACGUUGAUGCCUUGGCUCAACUUUUUGGAUUUCCAAAUUACAUUCCUCCCUAUGCGAGAACUAGGGGUCCAGCACUUUUAAGGGGUGUGAAUUAUGCAUCUGGUGCAGCUGGGAUCAGAGAUGAAACCGGAAACAAUCUGGGGGAUCACAUGUCAAUGAACCAACAAGUAGGCAACUUUGGCACGACAGUGCAAGAAAUGAGGAGGUAUUUCAGAGGAGAUAACAAUGCAGUCACUAGUUAUUUAAGCAAAUGCAUCUUCUAUUCUGGGAUGGGAAGUAAUGAUUAUCUCAACAACUAUUUCAUGUCCGACUUCUAUUCGACUAGCCAUGAUUACACUACAAAAACUUUUGCUGCUCUACUUCUCCAGGAUUACACACGUCAGUUGACUCAAUUAUAUGCCUUAGGAGCUCGGAAAGUGAUUGUAACAGCAGUUGGCCAAAUUGGCUGCAUUCCCUAUGAGCUUGCACGGUAUAAUGGUAACAACAGCCGCUGCAAUGAAAAAAUCAACAGUGCUAUUUCUUUAUUCAACUCAGGACUCCUCAAGCUAGUUCAAAGUUUCAAUAAAGGCCAAUUGCCUGGAGCUACAUUUGUAUUCCUCGAUUCCUAUAAAAGCUCUAGUGAUCUGUCUCUCAAUGGAACCUCCUUAGGAUUUGAAGUGGUGGACAAGGGAUGUUGUGGAGUUGGGAGGAACAAUGGGCAGAUAACAUGUCUUCCUCUUCAACAACCAUGUCCGGAUCGCAGUAAAUACUUAUACUGGGAUGCCUUCCAUCCGACUGAAGUGGCAAACAUCUUGCUGGCUAAAUCAACGUAUAGUUCCCAAUCUUACACUUAUCCAAUGAGCAUACAGCAAUUGACAAUGUUGGAAGAAGUUAAGACACCUCGGAUACAGCAUAGAAAAUCACAGCAGAGAGCAAAGCAUCAAAAGAGGUUUUCUUGCAAGGGAUUAUCAGCAAAACCAAAUCAAAGUAGUUGCAUUAAUGGCAGCGAUUAG